UGCGCCAGCGGAAAAGUGCCUGGCAACACUACCGCACUGUGCGCCGACUACCUCUGGAUUAGUACGUGAUUACAGCGGUGUCAGGAUUGCACAACUCUCUGGAGCCACAUCAGGAAGACAUGGGAUGGGCUACUGGCAAAGAAGGCUCAAGUCAUUUAAUGGCAAACUCUGGACUGUAGAGCUGCUUGAUUUGGAUGAAUGUAGAGCUGGACACCAUCUGGCUGUAUGAUGCAUUUUACUUCCCCGUAGAUUUUAUUGUAAGUAUCGAGAGCAGAGCAGCCACAACCCUUCAGUGCAUCAUCUGAAUGGAAAUAUGGACACCUACAAUGGAAGAAUUUUGACUCAACAUGUCCAGGAACUAUGAGCCUGGUCAAUCAGUAGGGAUGUUGGCCGCCGUGGAACAUGGUCCCAUCCUCUGCAGCGACUCCAACAUCCUCUGCCUCUCGUGGAAAGGGCGGGUUCCCAAGAGCGAGAAGGACAAGCCGGUGUGCCGGAGACGGUACUAUGAGGAGGGUUGGCUCGCCACAGGGAAUGGGAGAGGAGUCGUUGGGGUAACGUUUACAUCGAGUCACUGCAGGAGGGAUAGAAGUACACCUCAGAGAAUCAAUUUUAACCUGCGAGGACACAACAGCGAGGUAGUCUUGGUGCGUUGGAAUGAACCCUUCCAGAAGCUGGCCACUUGUGAUAUGGAAGGAGGCAUAUUUGUGUGGAUCCAGUAUGAAGGAAGAUGGUCCGUGGAGUUAGUGAAUGACCGAGGAGCCCAGGUGAGUGACUUCACUUGGUCCCAUGAUGGCACUCAAGCCCUCAUUGCAUACAGAGAUGGCUUUGUGUUAGUUGGCUCGGUGAGCGGUCAAAGACACUGGUCCUCUGAGAUUAAUUUGGAGAGUCAGAUCACCUGUGGCAUCUGGACUCCUGAUGAUCAGCAGGUCUUGUUUGGUACAGCAGAUGGUCAGGUAAUUGUGAUGGACUGUCACGGAAGGAUGCUUGCCCACGUUCUGUUACAUGAGUCUGAUGGGAUAGUGAGCAUGUCUUGGAAUUGCCCUGAUUUCCUGGUCGAGGACAGCACAGAGAGCGACACAGACACCGAUGAGAAUAUUCUGCCUUUAGUGCGGCGAGUUAAGCCUUUGUUGACGGUCACCUUCUUAUCAGGAGAUAUCAGUUUAAUGAAUAACUAUGAUGACCUUUCUCCUACUAUAAUUCGCUCAGGGCUAAAAGAUGUUGAGGCCCAGUGGUGCUCCCAGGGGGACCUCCUGGCUGUGGCUGGUAUGGAGAGACAUGGGCUCCCUUCUGACUCAGCUUGUGCAUCCAUCAUGAGGAAUGCCCUUGUUAAGUUUUAUAAUGUCCAAGGUGAACACAUCUACACUCUGGAAACACCGGCACAGAGGCCCAUCACCACCAUUUGUUGGGGUCACAGAGACUCCCGUCUGUUCCUUGCAUGUGGACCAGCUCUCUAUGUGGUGCGUGUGGAGCACAGGGUGGCCAGCCUCCAACUCUUAUGCCAGCAAGGCAUCGCCAGCGCCCUGCGAGAGGAAAAAGACGUUGGGAAACUAAACAUGCCCUCACUGCUCUGCUCUUAUGUCACCACUGCUUUUAUCCCUACCAUCAAGCCCCCAAUUCCUGACCCCAACAACAUCCGUGACUUUGUCAGCUAUCCCACAGCAGGGAACGAGAGGCUCCACUGCACCAUGAAGCGAGCUGAGGACAGUCCUGAGGCAGGCGGACCCUGCUACACGCUCUACCUAGAAUAUUUAGGAGGACUGGUACCUAUUCUCAAAGGAAGGCGCAUCAGUAAACUUCGACCCGAGUUUGUUAUUAUGGAUCCAAAAACUGACGGCAAGGCAGAGGAGGUUUGUGUUAAUCCGAUGAUCUCAUACACUGACAGCUGUAACUGCUCUGACUCCAGUGACAUUGAGCUGAGCGAUGAGUGGGUCGGGAAGAAGUCACCAAAGUUAUCUCGGGGAAACAGGUUGAACAUGGAAUCAAGAAAAUCUCCCAAACUUUCACGUGCCAAUCAGGAAGGCCAACGAUCACCGCGGUUACUGACAAAGAAGCCUCCCGUUCGGUCCCCCAGCCUGACACGCCGUGAGUUUUCUAUGGAUGGAAUUACAGAGCACAAUUACCUUGCACAAGUGACGUCUAACAUUUGGGGGACAAAGUUCAAAAUUGUGGGACUUGCUUCUUUCCUCCCCACUAAUCUUGGUGCAGUCAUCUAUAAGACCAGUUUGCUUCAUUUGCAACCAAGACAGAUGACAAUCUAUCUGCCAGAAGUGCGAAAGAUUUCUCAUGACUUUAUGAGCCUGCCUGUAUUCAACCCCAAUGUGUUCAGUGAGGAUGAGGAUGAUUUACCAGUGAUGGGUCCAUCUGGAGUGGCAGGAGACAAUCCUCCUUGUACUGUCAACAUUCCCAUUGCUCCCAUCCACAGUCCGGCUCAGGCCAUGUCCCCCACUCAGAGUAUUGGCCUGGUUCAGUCCCUUCUGGCCAAUCAGAAUAUUCAGCUUGAUGUUCUGACCAACCCGACCGCCACUGCUGCAGCAGCAGCUGCAGCUGCAGCAGCCUCUGUCCCUGUCACUGAUCAUGGCCAGGAUGCUGUUGCAUCACCAUAUCCCGUGCCAACUAGAUACACCAGCCCGGGUCAGGUGAUCUUCAAUGGGUUAGAGAUGGGUCCUCUUCUCCCUGGUACUCUACCUCCCCCACCUCCACCUCACCAUCUCCCACCGCAGCCUCAUUCACAGCGUUCUCAUUCACAGCAGCCUCGCCAACAGCCAUCUAAACAGUCACAACAAAUGCAGACUCAGCAGCAGCAGAAAAUGCACCAUCAUCAACAGCAGCUGGGGCAGCAGCAACAGCUACAGCAACACCAUCAUCAGUCCCAGUCACAGCAGCAGCAACAGCUACAGCUACAGCAGCAGCAACAUCAACAGUUACAGCAGCUGCACCACCAGCAGACGUUGCAUCAACAACAGCAACAUCAGCAACACCAAGUUCAGCAACACCAACAAAUGCAACAAACUCAACACCAAGUGACAAACCAACACUUUCAGCAACAGCAAAUCCAACAGCAGCAGCAACAGAUGCAGCUGCAGCAUGAGCAAAUGCAGCAACAGCAGCAGCAGAUGCAACAACAGCAGCAACAAAUCCGACAGCAGAUCCAAGAGAUGAGGCAGCAGCAGCAGCAGCUUCAGCAGCAGCAUCAGCAGAUCCAGCAGCAACAUCAACAGAUGCAGAGGCAGCACCAACAAAUGCAGCAGCAACUGAAGAUGCAAAUGUCAUUGCCCCCUCCUCCAACUGGAUAUCCGACCAUUUCUUUACAACAGAUUCAUCUUCUGCCCCAAAUCCCCCCUCCUACCACUGAACCGGGGCUUGACAGGGGAGACCACGGCCACACUCUGAAGCCAAGCCUACCACGUACAUUACCUCCCUCUUUUAAUGACACAGAUGGGUCUAUAGAGAUUCAGAUGAGGAAGGUCAAUCCUCCUCCUCCAUACCCAGGGACUGUAGUGUCUGCAGCAGCAGCUACAGCUGCUGCUACUCCUCAAACUCUUGUCACAAACUGUGAUAGCCCAAGUGUCCUGGCACCAGACCCCUGCCUGAAAAAAGAUGAAUUUUUGCUUCAUCCUGUCACUAUACAGUACCCAACACCUCUGGGGUAUGAAAGGAUCACGACCUUUGACAGCAGUGGCAACGUGGAGGAGGUGUGUCGGCCUCGCAGGCGCCUCAUUCGCAACCAAAAUGCAUAUGCUGUCCAUGGCAUUGGGGGCUCAGCCACACUCAAAGUCACUUCCUCAGAGAACAAAAAAAUUCAACUUCCAUACAGCUCAGCAACAUUAAGUCGUCUUUCUGUCCCUCGAUACACAAUACCAAGUGGAGACCCCCCUCCUUAUCCUGAUCCAGCCAAUCAAGUAACAGCUACACUUCCUCCUCCCCAGAGAAUUGAUAGCAGCCUCAUUCAUGCCACUCUACGUCGUGAACGCAGGGAUGUGGGCCUCAAAGUGCCACAGAUGAUGGAAAGUUCAAGAACACUUCCCACUAAAGCUAAAAUGAACAGUGCAUUAGCCCUUUCCUACCAGCAGAGGGUGCCCACUGCCUUGUACACAUGCACACAGUGCAGCAGUAACAGCAGCAGCACCAGUGUCAGUGUUAGUGGAGGUGGAACUACCAGCAGUGGUAUUGCAGGUGGAACAGUGGUGAGGCAGGACUUCCCACCAGGGAAAGGUGCACAUCACAGUACCAUUAUAGUGCACUCCAAAAAUGCCUCAUCAAUGGCAUCUCAGUCAUCUUACAGUCUGCUGGGUGGUGUUGAUAACAGCCGGGACAGAACAGUGUACGUUAACUCUGCUUUUACUGAGGAUGAGACUUUAAAUCAGCAGUGUCACCUUGAGAAAUCUGUACGUCAGCUGACACUUGGUGAUGUCAGUUUGGCAGUAAAACGCCCUCCGCCUUACCAGUGGGACACCUCCACCACAGAGGAUUUCUGGCUCACCCCAGAACAAACAAUAUUAGCUCCCCCACCUCAUAAACCACCUCCACUUAUUAUCAGUCAAGCUCAGCACCUGGAUGUGACUCGGCUUCCUUUUGUUUUAACGACUAAACCUCCCACUAGUCCAAACACAAGCACUCUAACUUUUCCAUCAGGUUACCAGAUAUCCCUAUCACCUUUUCCUCCAGGCGUGGGUCACAGUGGACCCCCACUUCAGACCUUGCAAAACCCUCCACCACAGUGUUCUCCAAAUGAAGUGGUUGCUCCUGUCCCUUUUGCUCAGCAGGAUCCUAAUUUGGUUUUGCCACCAGGCUACCCUCCAAAUCUGGCCAACUUGGCCUGCUGUCCUCUCCCUCCUCUAUACCCAGGAGCAAGCUCAUGUGCUGGACUCCAGCUGCACCCGGUCAGCCUCCACCCCUGGAAUCCUUACCCCUGCCCACCACCUAUGCAAGACCCUCCAGCGCCUCCCCUCCCUACCAAAACUCACCAGAUUUUAGAGAAGCCAAUACUGUCCCCACCUCCUCCUACUGCACCACCUCCACCACCUCCUCUUCCCCCUCCUCCCCCACCUACUGAGUUGCCGCCAUCCAAAAGUGCUACAGAAGAUCUUGCAGAAUCUGCCAGCAACUUUCCAGAGCCAUCAUCCCUGAAUGAAAGCCCUGUUCCUCAAGAAUCAGAGCGUUUCAACAAGAAGAGCCGCAAAAGACUUGACAGCCGGGCAGAGGAGGCCAACAUGCCCACUGUGUCUGAGGGCAAAUCCAGAAAGGAAGGGCGUGCGCUGUCGGAUUUCAACACUCUCAUUGCCAGCCCAAGGCUUGGUAGCAGAGAGAAAAAGAAGCCCAAGGGGCAACGAGAACAACUUAAUAAAACAAAAAAAAUGAGCAGGACCACAAAUGAGUUUCAGGACAGCUCAGAGAGUGAACCAGAGCUGUUUAUUAGCGGUGACGAGCUAAUGAACCAGAACCAGAGUAAUAAGAAAAGCUGGAAGAACAAGCGGAGCAUGCGUAUGGCAAGUGAGCUGGAGGAGAUAAAGUGCCGCAAGGCAAAUGAAAGAGAGGACCGUAGUUUAGGCAGCCAAGGGUUCGUCUAUGUUAUGGCCAAUAAACAGCCACUGUGGAAUGAGGCCACCCAGGUGUACCAGCUUGACUUUGGAGGUCGAGUCACCCAGGAAUCAGCAAAGAAUUUUCAGAUCGAACUAGAUGGUAGACAGGUGAUGCAGUUUGGACGAAUAGAUGGGAAUGCUUACAUCUUGGAUUUCCAGUAUCCUUUCUCAGCUGUGCAGGCAUUUGCUGUUGCCUUGGCCAAUGUGACUCAAAGACUAAAGUGAACAGGUCCUUUGGUGUUCCUUUACACUAGCUCAAGAGAGCCCAGUGGUCUUACCCUCCAGUGUGUGGAGUUAUGAUGGAGUAAAUGUACUGUUUUUUUAAAAUAAGAGAUAAAUAUAUGUACAAGUUAGUCUUGCACAUGCAGAGAAUUUACAAUCAGAGUGUUGAGGACAAAGUCACUCCAGGUCAGUGUUGAUGAAAGAGAUAUAAGUUGUUCCAUAAUUUCUAGUUCAUAUAUUAAAUGUUGUCAUGUAGUCAAACUAUUAUAACUAUCAUGAUAUGCUAUAUAUUAGAAUAAAGAAAACAAACCUUCUUCUGGGACAGAAAAAAGACAAACUCAUAUUGCAAUGACUUCUAAAAGCAGUCUGGAGGUUUAGUGCCACCUAUAGAAACAAAGACAUUAUCCGGCUCUUGAAUUGCAAAUGAAUAACUUUGUGGUGUUUAUAAAGACAUAAGCACAGCAAAUAUAUAAAUCUGCAGUGGCGUUCAAAAGUUAUAUACACAUUCGCUAAGCCAUACCAUAACGCUGCACUAUUUUAAAUCAGUAUUAAGAAAUAAGUAAAUAUAUUAUACAGUUUUCUUAUAUCACGCCUAAUGUUAUAGGUAUUUAAUUACACUUAUUUGUAAUAUCAUUUCAAAGUAAAAGUUAGAUUUUUUUUUCUGUUGAAUGUCUUCAACAUUAUGUUCAAUUUGCUGAACAUGCAAGAGAGGAAUAUAUGAAUUUGGUAACUGCAAUAUAAAACGCUGAGUACAGUUUAUCAUAGUUUGUAUAUUUUCUCUCCAUGCUGCUUCCAUGAAGUGCUGCAAUGAACAUAGUAAAUCAUAUUAUUUUGGCCGCUGUGCAAAACAUUAUACGGGAGCUGUCAAAACCUGACGGCGUGUUCAUUUUCCGCUUGUAAAUUUAAACACAUUUUGUUUUAAUAAACAUUCUCUAUUCCUUGUUGAUUUCAGAAUCAAUUGUUGUGGAUAAAAUUGUCAGUAAUGGUGUACAGUAACUCUAUGGGUGCCAUAUCCAGCCAAAUGUAUUUGGCUGAAAGUAUGUCUGCUAGGAAAUUAGCAGAAAAUGAUGUCACGUAGAUCUCAUCCCACCCAGAAUAAACCUGCACAGUAAUGAUUAAGAUCUUUUCAGUCAGUCUCAUUGGUUGACUUGGUUUUGUUUCCACUGGGUGUUUAAGAUGCUACUUGAAUUCUGCAUUUGAAUGUGAAGUACAGUAGUUUGCCUAUUUGGAAAUCAGUGCUGCUUUAGAUAGAGCUUGUGUGCAAUAAUGCUACCGACACAGAACUUAAUGUUGUACCUGCAAAAGAAAACACAAUGCUGCUUGCUCUGUAUAUUUAGUGACCUAACAUUAUUAUGUGCUUAGAAAAAUGUGUGUAUGUUGCAAAUUUGAAUCAUUUUGUACUUCACCUUCGCUUUAAUAUGAAGUUGAUUUUUUUUGUUUGUUUGUUUUUUGGGGUUUUUUGAUUGAUGUUACAGAAAAAAGAACGAGAACAUAAAACAUGCAAAAGUAUUAACUACAAUGUGUUGAUAAGUUGUUGGAGAUGAACCGUUAGUGGGAGUGAGAUUCAUGUAGAUUUGGUGCUACUGUAUAAAGAAACAAAUGUGAUCAUA